AUGGCUUCUUGCUCAUAUGUAAUAGUCGGCGGUGGCGUUGCUGCUGUAUCAUGUGUGGAAGAAUUACGAGCAAUGGAUGACAAGGCACGAAUUAUUGUCGUAUCCAGUAGUCAAUUGAUUAAAACUGUUGUUAACCAACAAAAAAUUGGUCAGUUGACGGAAUUAUUUGAUAUUGCUGAGCAGCAAGUGACAAGUGUCUUUGCUGGUCUUAAUGUUACAUUCGUGAAAGCAACCGUAACUCAUUGGGAUUGGAAAAACAAAGAACUUUUAUUGGACAACGAUGAGAGAAUUACAUACGACAAACUGUGUAUAGCUACGGGAGGCCGACCAAAAGCAAACUUUCAACAUGCGUUAUCUAUUUCAAUCAGAGACACGGAAACCGUGGAUCGUUUAAGGACUCGAAUUAAGGAUGCAAAACGAGUACUUGUAAUUGGUAAUGGUGGAAUCGCGACGGAAAUUGUGCAUGAGUUAAAAAAUAUCGAAAUUAUAUGGGCUAUCCGCCAUUCUUCAAUAUCGGCGACAUUUUUUGAUGAGGGAGCUGCCGAAUUCUUUAAACCAAUGCUCGUACAUGGUUGGAGAAAAGAAAAGUCAAACAAUACAGUACCAAAAAGAUACCGGUUUACUGUGGAAAACGAAGGGGAAAGUGGUGUCGUGGGUUGUGCACUUGGACCUGAAUGGGCGUCAACGGCCGAUAUCUCCGGAGCGCUUAGUGACCGGCAGGUGCAUGUAAUCUAUGAAGUCGAACUGAAAGGAUUUGUGUCUCAAGAUACUGCGCAUAAUGUCGUCGUUCAGAAAGAUGGGUUUAAUUUUUCUAGCGGCGUAUGGCCUUUAUAUGUUGAAUUGACCAAUGGGAAGAUAAUUGGAUGCGACUUAAUGAUUGAGGCUACUGGUGUACAGCCAAAUUCUGAUCUUUGGGCUCGCGACUGUCACUUAUUGAAUUUGGCAAAUGAUGGAGGAAUAAUUGUAAACGAACAUAUGUUAUCGUCCGUUCAAAAUGUGUAUGCAUGUGGAGAUGUAUGUACCGCAAGUUGGCCCUGGGCAAAACAUUGGAUGCAGAUGAGAUUAUGGACACAGGCACGCCAAAUGGGUGCAUAUUGUGGUCGUGCAAUGGUAUUAGGAGAUGCAAUUUCUCUUGAUUUUUGUUUCGAGAUGUUCACCCACGUGACAUCUUUCUUUGGAUUCAAGGUCAUUUUUCUGGGCCGUUUUAAUGGUGAAGGUGUAGAAAAACCAUUUCGCAUAUUAUUACGUAUUACAAAGGAUACUGAAUAUGUGAAACUUAUCGUUGCUAAUGGACGUAUACAAGGUGCAGUGCUGGUUGGUGAAACGGAUCUGGAAGAGACGAUUGAAAACCUUAUUUUGAAUCAAAUUGACAUCAGCCAGGUAGAAGAAGGUCUUUUGGAUCCAGACAUUGAAGUUGCUGAUUAUUUUGAUUGA